AUGCUGUUAAUUGAAAAGUUUGGGGAUUCCAUGAGGAUGUUUGAAAGGUUGCAGGGUCAGGGAAGGACAGGAAAAAAGGGACCACAGCGUUUUAUAGCUGAAUCUGCGGAAGAAAGACUGCGCAUGAAUAUUGAGUACCUGGACACUUGGCACCAGGCACUUGCUCUCCAUGCCUCACCUACAAACAUGCCAGAAGCAUUAGACAAUCUUGGGAAGCUUGUUGACCACAUAUGGUACUAUGCAGGAGACAGAUCUCAUGAUUUCAACUGGUAUACCAAAAGAGGGAUCUUAGCAGCUGUAUACAAAAGCACAGAAUUGUAUAUGCUACAGGAUAAGUCAGAAGAUUUUGAGGAUACCUGGGCUUUUAUGAACAGACGACUCUCAGAUGUCCACAGCGUAGCAAAGUGUGCAAGAAAUGCAGAUAAUGUAACCAAGGAUAUUAGGAAUGUUGUGAAGGCCGGACUGUUAACGGCCCUAAAUAUAGUGGGAAUGAAUGACAGAUCCCGCUAAACAGAAGUCAUCACUACUUUGUUAUUAGUAUACAUUUCAUGUAAAUAAAGAUACACUAUU